AUGGAAGUGCAUCUGCAAAGCUCUGAUGCUUCGAUCAAUCUCAAGGCAUUGGUGUCGUUGGCAGUCCUCGACAAGCGGGUCGAAAAUCCCAUGGACGAAAUGCGACGGGUGCGAAUGGACUUGCACGGACCUGCGUCUCCUUACAUCUCUUUCCGGGAUGCGCUUCAAUUGUGCAGCCAUUAUCACUUGCUCGGUGAUUUGUGGCCCAUAUUAAGCUUUGGCAUAGCCUUGCGGGCUCAGAUGCUGAGAAGGGAGCAAGAUGGAACCCAAGAGACAGCAGAAGCUUCUCACCAAGCGUUGCUGCCAACAUUGACAGGGGAAGAGUUUCCAGUACAGUACCUCAAGUACAACAUCAAGGGAUUCGACGUCUUCAUUGACACGCUGGUCAUGCGGGUUGACAUCCGACAGCUUGCACGUGCUGCUGAAAUCGAUCCAAAUCAACUAAUGAGAGAUCUUGAAGACGAAAACCCGGACACAAGCUGUGUCGUCAAAAUGAUCGGACUUUACCCCGGCUUGUUCUACCCCGGCAACAUAGUAAUCCAACUAUGCCGUCGGCUGCGCUUUGUUGAACUCGCACGAGGAAUACACGCUGUGUGUGGGAGAGGUCAUCAUCCACCAGCGCUCCCGCCCGACAGAGGCUCUCUGAGUCCACUAGGAUCUGCUUCACCCGCUAAACUUCCUCCUGGUGCGCCUGAUAAUGGCCCGUCCAGGCAGGGUGAAGCAGCCGCACACCAACAAGAGCUGCACUACGCGUCGUCUUCCACAGAUAUUUCGGACGAAGAACCGCUCGCGGACGAUGAUAACGCAACACUUCCGUCACAGUCACAUAGAGAGCCAUGGGCCGCUGAGGAACGUUUAACCAGAAGCAUCUCGACUGUACAAGACGCCCAGGUUCAGCGUCAAAACACGCAGUUCGGUGAGGGUCUUAAAAUGUUCAAGGAGUGA